AUGACUGAUGGGAUGGUCGCGGGCCUUCCGGAGGACUUCUUGGGCCGUGAGGAAGAGCUGCGGUGGCUCCUCAGCUACCUCACUGCUGGGGAGAACCAGGUGAAUGCCGUCACACGCGGCCGUCAAGAAGGCAGCCUUGGCAGCUUUCUGUUUAGCCUGCCCUCCUUUGUAAGGAGUGUACAAAGCUUUUUGGCGCAGAAGCAACUGCCGCCCUUGAUCGUGGAAGGUAGCCCUGGAGUGGGGCGCUCUGCUUUGCUGCAGGCCGCUGCCCGCACCGCCGAGCAGUUGCCCGGCUUGCGGGUGCUCCUUCACCGAGGGAGCGGCGAGCGCCUACUGAGACGUCUCUAUGAUGGCAUCGACGAGGUCACCGAUGAAGAGCUGCUGCUGAUGCCGGUCAUCAGCAAUGCUGGCAGGGCAGGUGGAGUGGUGCUUUUCUUGGACGACACGGAGGUGGCCCCGUGGCUGCUGGUUCCCUUACCACCAGGUGUGCGCUGUGUAAUGGCUCCACGCACUGACACGCCAGCGCCACGGGGCUUCGCAUGCUUGCGCUUGGAAGGCUUAAAGGGCCCUGCGGCGGAGGAGCUGCAAGAACGCCUGGGCUGCCGUGUGGAUGGCCCUGUGAACCCACUGGAGUUGCACUUGGCUGCGCAGCUGUCGAGAAGGAACCUCGACCAGUGUGAUUUGAAGGAGCUGAUUGCGGCCACGGUGUCGACUCUCGAAGAUGCGGUGGGCGAAUCUGUGAGGGAAGCACUUUGUGCCAUCGCAUGCAGCCGCGUGGGCUUGCAUGAUGAGGACGGCCCGCGCGAGCAGGAGGGCUUUGGGCAGCUCCGUUGUGUGGACGGAUCGUUUCUGCAAAGCUACGACGACUUCGAACGCUUGCGUGAGAGGUCAGAUGAGCCUUUGCUGAUCAGGCAAGCUGCCUUCACCUUCGAGGCCUCAAGGUUUUCCUUGGACCACUUGGCGGAAGAGUUGAAAGACCUGACUCUGCCACAAAAGUCCCUGUCCGCGAAGCAGGGCGGGAACACCUCGCAGUGCACGCUGCUGGUGGCCGACCAAGGUGGAGAUGCUGUGAUGUCUGCGAAGCCCCACCUUUGGAACCCUCAAGGUUGCUCCUUUCGCACCCUAGCGGAGAAGAUCCGACAUGGACUCUACCUGACGACUCGAUCAGGCAAAGCACGGGUCCGGCGUGUGGACGAAGAGCUUUUCUACGACAAAGUGGAGGAUCCAGACGGGAAGGAUGUGUUAGUUGAAGCCUUCGUGGCCAGGGUUCCAGUUCCGCUGCUGCUGCCCAAAGACCUGGGCUGCCAGGUGGCUUUCUGGAUGGGAACGACGGGAAAUAACUUUGGCUUGCACAGCGACCUUUUCACUGAACAAUUUCUUUGCCAGCACCAGGGCGUGAAGGAAGUCCUUCUACUCCUGCCGGAGGAUGCAGCGAUCGUCCAGCCGUUUCCCUUUCUGGAAAGCCCGCUGUUCUACAAGUCACGAGCACGCACGGUGGACAACUUGACGCUUUCGAACGCAAAGUGUUUCCGCGUUGUGUUGGAGCCUGGUGACGUGCUCUUCAUCCCCUUGUUUUGGUGGCACGAGGUGCGUACCUUACAAGGCCCAGCGGUCUCCACCACCUACCGCUUCCACACUGAGGAUGCGGAGCGCUUUCUGAAGGUCAUGAAUGCCUUUUACCAGUUCCACAAGAAUGCCUUGGAGUGCGCGGUCUUUUCGGAGGUACGGCAGUGGCCAGUUAGCUGCGCACAUACGUUCCUUCUUCGUUCAUGCUUUGGUGGAGCGACCAAGUCCCAGAGGUGUUUCUCGAGCCUGGUGCUCCCUCUGUGCCGUGGGUGUCCUCGGCUUCCUGCUGGGCUUUGGUGUGGCACGUCGUGCGCGGUGAGAGGGCCCGGACUCUCCGACCGAAGAGUCCCACUCGCUUGA